CUAGUUUUCGCGAAUUUCAAGCAGUGAAUUAUAUUAAAAGCAGCGUACUGUCUGCCCUAUGGAUUGCUGAUUACUUCUCACACGUUGGGAAUGUCCGAUUGUGAAGAAUCGUUCGAAGAAAAGCUUAGAAAUUUUCGGCUUGGACGACAGUCGGCAAAUCAAUCAGCAUCUGACAAAGCGGAAGAAGACACUCCGGAAGAUAUGAGCAAUAGGCGUGGACGAGGCGGCGGUGGACACCGGCCGCCACCGCAUUUGAAAGGAAGAGAAAUCGGUAUGUAUUAUGCGAAUCUACACCGUAACAGACGCAUGGACCAUGCCGACGGUUCAAGCCAAGAAGGCAGAAUUGUUCGUAAGGAUAAUAGCAUAAGAGGGCAUCAAAAAAAUAAGAUGCGCGAAAGGAUGAUUGCAGAUUGUGCAAAUCGGGAGACACCACCGGGGCUCGUUAAUUAUCGUGAGAGAAAAAUGGAGAUCAAAAAGGAACGCGAAAAACGACGGGUUGUAGAUAUAACAAUUCCUGCUUGGCAGAUUCAGGAAGUACGAAAACAUUUAAAACUAACCGAUGGAGUCGAUAAUGUAGACUUUUUCAAACACUUUAUCCAUUGUAACGAUAUUGAUUCUCCGUUUAAAAAUGAGUAUUUAAGAGUUAUCAACACUAAUCUGGAGCAAAUUUUAGCUGAGCAGUCUGCCAGCUAUACGUGUUCGGAUAGUGGCGAUCAAUCAUGGAAUGAUGAUCUUUACGAAGAGUUUUUGCGAAAAGAAGAGUACUCGGAAAUGAAGGAGUCGCGUGAGCGACUGCCUGUGCAUGGUUCCCGUCGAGAGAUACUGAACAUGAUCGACCGCCAUCAGGUUAUUCUGAUUAAAGGAGAAACUGGCAGCGGAAAAACGACACAAAUUCCGCAGUUCAUUUUAGACCAAGCAAUGAUUGAAAAACGAGGCUCCAGUUGUCGGGUACUUUGUACUCAACCGCGAAGGAUUUCAGCAAUUACACUGUCCGAACGUGUAGCUGCCGAACGAGGCGAACGGCUCGGACGUUCUGUAGGUUACCAAAUUCGAUUGGAUGGUGUAAAACCACGUUCAAACGGAGCAUCCAUCUCAUUUUGUACGACGGGAAUUGUUCUUUCCAUCAUGCAAAGUGAUCCAAUGUUGAAAGAUGUUUCACACUUGAUUCUCGAUGAAAUUCACGAGCGAGAUGUUAUUACGGAUCUGCUGCUGGGGAUCGUGAAAAUGUUGCUUCCCUACAGGAAAGAUCUCAAAGUGAUUCUGAUGAGUGCAACGUUGACAGCGGACACAUUUUCACGGUAUUUCAAUAAUUGUCCAAUGGUGGAGAUUCCCGGUCAAGUUUUUCCGGUUGAGGAGUUUUACCUAGAGGAUAUUGUCAUGGAGCUGAAUUACCACAGGUUCAAUCAUCCAAAGAAAGGUUUUUUCAGAAGGAACCGUUUUAAUGGUGAGUUUCUAGAUAUGAUGGAUCCAUUUAUUAGAUCUAUACGUGGUCGCUACCCGGCGCAAGUACUGCAGACCAUUAGUAAUCCUGAAAGUGAGACCAACCAGGAAGAGAUGAUUGCGGAGUUGAUUUACAGGAUAACGGCGUCGAAGCCGGAAGGUGCGAUUCUGGUGUUCUUUCCCAGCUUGGCGCAGAUAACGGAGGUUAACAAACUGCUAUCCAACCACCAGCAGUUAGGUAGAUAUUCGACGCUGAUCUAUCCGCUGCAUUCGAAGGUUCCUCAGCUGGAUCAGAAGGCGGUAUUUUCCCGACCGGCUCGCGGAACAAGAAAGAUCAUUCUGGCCACCAACAUUGCCGAAACCUCGAUUACGAUCGACGAUGUGGUGUACGUCAUCAACACGGGUCGACACAAGAUCAACAUGUACGAAAAUGGUAUUUCGUCACUGCGUGACGAAUGGAUUUCGUUGUCAAACGAGAUACAGCGGAAAGGUCGUGCUGGACGAGUUCAAGCAGGCAUCUGCUAUCAUAUGUACACCCGAGCACGGCGCAGUAUGUUGCUGCAGAAUACUCCUCCGGAGAUUCUGCGGGUCGCGUUGGAUGAAGUGAUUCUCAACGUUAAAAUUCUCGGCCUUGGCGAGGUGCAUCGUUUUCUGGAACGUUUGCUAGACCGACCAUCGGACAAGGUGAUCGAAGAGUCACUGCAAUUGCUGAAUCGAUUGAAUGCCCUAGACGACGAUCAGACGUUGACUCCGCUCGGGUAUCAUUUGGCUAGGCUUCCGAUGGAUCCCCGCACGGGGAAGAUGGUUUUGCUGUCCAGCAUUUUCAGCUGUACCGAUCCAAUCACUUCGAUUGCGGCCAGCCUAUCGUUUAAGGAUGCUUUCUACAAACCUUUCGGCAAGGAAAAGCAGCUGGAUUCGAUUCGGCAUCGUUUCGCCGAGGGUCACCACAGUGAUCAUCUGAUGUUGGCCAACGUCAUUCACCAGUGGAAUGAACGAUCGUCCCGCAGUGAUGCCUAUAAGUUUGCAAAUCAGAACUUUCUGAACGUGACCACUCUGAAGCAGUUGUGCAACAUGAAGCAGCAGUUUUGUGAUUAUCUUUUUGCCGCUAAAUUUUUGAAGACCGCCGAAACGGGGGCACGAUGCAAUAAUCUUAAUUCCGGUAAUGACAAACUGUUGACUGCCAUUAUCGGUGCCGGUUUGUAUCCGAAUGUGGCGUUUGUGAGGAAGGUUAUUCGCAAGCGAAAUAGUCCCGAUGGGAGAGCACUGCUAGCCAUCCAGGGACAGGGAAGAGCGGUAAUUCAUCCGUGUUCGGUCAACAGUACUCUAGCAAACUUCGAAUCGAAUUUCGUGGUUUAUUACGAAAAGCAAAAGAUUUCCAGCUUGACAAUAUUCGAUACUACGGUGGUUAAUCCAUUUCCGCUGUUCUUUUUCGGCGAUAAUCACGUGGAAACUGAAGGAGAAUUCGAAUAUAUUUCGAUUGAUGGUCAUUACGGACUCCGAUGUAACAAAGAAACCUACCGAUUGAUUCAGGACCUUAGAGCUGGAUUCAAUCUGCUGCUGCAGAAGAAAAUCUGUCAACCGUCGCCGGUGGACUGGUCGUCGGAAGAGGGCACGUUACUUCGGGCGAUAAUUCAACUGAUAACUAUCGACGGGAAGUUCGAUGACGGUUUCGACGAUGAUGGCGAUGAGGGUGAGUGCAGCAAAAAUCCAGAAGAAAUCCCGCUGGAUGAUGAAGAUGGCUUCGAUUACUUCGACAACGAUGAUCUGCCGGAAGCGUCUACCAGCGGUGGCAUGUAAAAACAAUAUUGGUAAGCUUUCAUUCAACGAAAAGGAAAAAUUCGUACUACAGAAUGCGUCAUCCGCCUGCGAUGUUCCGUCUAAUGAAAUUGAACUUAUCUGUGUAUCCCGCUAAAUCCCUGCAAUCUUACGCUGUCCGUAGGCGAAUUAGGAAAAGCAACUGUAAUUUAUAUUUAUUCGAGGGGCCGCAUGGCGUGUUUGAGUGUGCGGAAAAGAGCAAAACAUCCACACAGGAAAAUGCAAUGAA